AUGGAAGAGUAAGUUAAGCGAUUGCAAACGCUUGUUGAACAUCUCUAAAGAAAGAGUAAAAUAAACAAUUCUAAACUCGAUAUUGAAUGUUAUGAAGUUUUCUCGGAAUGUGUCUUAAUUGUACAGAGUCAAAUUAGUGUCGAAAUUGCAAAUGUCAUGGAAAAAUUGUUUAACCUCCUUAGAGAAAUGUUAGAAUCUGCUCAAUCUCAAAUCAAACUACAUCCUGAACCAAAGCCUAUUCUCUUGACUCCUUAACUUCCAGACUUUAUUAAUGCACUUCAACUAGGAAGUGUCAGCAUCAUCGAUUAGUUAGGUACCCCAUAACAAAUCAAAAAUUAUCAAUAAAUUCCUUGGAGUGACUAUAAAUGUAGGGGUUAAGGAACCAGAAAUUUGAGAACCUACUAAGAUGUAGGUACUAGCACAAUCAUUGAUUAUUAUCAAAAUUGUUAGAAAGCAUCAAGUGAUCUUUUGAGGAGAGAAGAGGAAAUGAGAGAAUGGUUAGAGUUUACUAACGAUACGAUCUCCAUGUUAAGUGAAGCAUUGUCUAAUAAAAAAUAAUUAGAUAUUGAAUUUUAGGGCAAGCCUGAAGAUUUGGAUUUAGUCAUAUCAGACAUUCAAUUCAAAAGGCUAAAUUUGGAAUAAUUGCUGAAGUCUGUGAAUUAAGACAAUAUGGGAGUUCAAAAUUAUGAUAACACUGUCUAAUUCCUCUUAUAACACAUUCAUCAUAUACAAUAGUAAACUGCAAUUGCUAUAAUCCAUCGAUACAAGUAGAGAAAUUAAGAGAAGGAGAAGCAGUAGUAAUUGAUAAAUGAGAUGAAGGGUAAGAUUAAGAAAAAAGCCAUUAAUAAUAAGGAAGAUUGCCGAUGUUCAUAGUAUGUGAUUGAAAUUUUAACAUUGAAAAAUAAAUUGGAAACAACCCAAAAUGAAAUUUUGAAAAAGGAUAACCAAUUAUUAGAACUUCAAGUAAUAAAUGAACAGAAAGACAGGCAAUUCAAAAUGAUGCAAGCAUAACUCUCAUAACUAGAAGGUGAAAAAUCAGAGUUCAAAUAAAAAUUAGACAACAUUUAUAAGGAAUAUUCAAAAUUAGUGAAAAAGAAUAGUGAUCGAGAAAGAGGAUAUGUGUCAUCUAGCAGUAAUGAUGAAAUCCUAAUAAAUGCAAUAUCAGGAAAUCCGAGAACUACAAGCAGAGAGUAAUCUUAAUAANAAAAUAACACAAAAUAACAAAUGACCAAAGACCUCCUGUUUCUCUUGAAAUUCGAGUAGCACAUGCUGAGUUCAAUCAACAGUCUCCAUCAGAGGAUCAUGAGGUCUCUCGAAAGUGAAAUAGGUGACACCUGA